AUGGGACAGAUGCUGGUGGUUAAGCAGGUAGUACAGAUGGCGGAUGAAGGGCUGGUCACGCACCCAUCUGAUGCCCUAGACAGCAUGCGCGAGCGCUUCCUGAUGUAUGGGGUGCGGGCCCCCUUUGCAUGGAUCACCCGGCUCUGCACCUAUGGCAAGAAGGUCCAGAAUACCACCACUAGCCUAGGGUAUAUCUACUGGAGUGAUGAUGAGCAGACCCUGAGCUAUAAGGAGCUGCGCCUUAGCAAGCAGUGGCUAAUGGACCGGGUGCUUAAUGCAGACUGGCUCCGGGAGGAGUUCCUGGAGCUAUACCAGUUCCUUGAGCGGCUUCUCCUGCUUAUCCAUAUCACUGCAGGCCAGCCUAGGCGUGCUACUGAGCUCCUAGGCCUGUGGCAUAAGAAUACAGUGCAUGGCCGGCACUGGAGUAUCUACCUAGAGCAUAGACUAGUCAGUACUAUCACUGCCUACCAUAAGGGAUACUCUGUGAGCAACUCUAUAAAGAUCAUCUACUGCUACCUGCUGAAGCCUGUCAGUGAACUAGUGGUCUACUAUCUCUGGCUAGUGCUGCCAUUCUGGCAGGCUAUGGCAUGGCUUGCACGGCGACAGAGUGGGCCCCAGUCUGCUUUCCUCUGGCCCUGUGGGGAUGGCACAUGGGAUAGUAGCUGGCUGCGCACGGUCCUCCAGCGGGAGGCUGAGAUACACCUCCAGACUAAGCUAAAUAUCCUCUCUUACCGGCAUACGGCCAUUGCUAUAUCCCGGGUGCACCUAAAAUGUGGGGGGUUUAAGCGGGACUAUGGUACAGAUGAUGCUGUCUUUAAUGAGCAGGCUAGCCAUAGCUCCUGGGUAGCAGGGACAGUCUAUGCCCGCGGGCUGCAGGAGGCCCCUGGCCAUGUAGAGGCACGGCGGCAGCGGUACCGGGCCAUCAGCCGGGAGUGGCAUGCCUUCCUAGGGUUUGAGACCUACCUAGGUCCCCGGAAGCGGUCCUGGGAGGAAGGGGAGGUUCAGCCUGGGUUAAAACGCCAGCGGCCGUAUGUCAUGGUUGAGAUGGAUUAUGAUUAG